CAAAGUUCCAUACCGUUGCUUUUGAUUAUCAGCAUCAAUUGCUUGUUUUCCAUAUUAGAUAUUUGAUAAGAGCUAGGUUGCUUGAUCUGUAUGUUAUUGGGUAGCACUCGCGCUAUGACAAGUGGAGGGGUUUCAAAAUCAAAGAUAUUUCUUCUCAGUUCAUGCCGGGAAGCUAAGCGAGUGGAUCAACGCUACUUCUGCAAGCUAAGUGGAACUGAGGAAGGAUCAAGCAGAAAGAAGAAAAGUCACGAGCGGCCGGAUAUGGAGAGUUCGAGUUCACAGAGCAGCAGCUGGGUUCCGGAUCCACGCACCGGAAUAUAUAUUCCGAAAGGGCAUGAACGGGUGAUGGAUGAUGUCCCUAAAGGAGCAGCAUCUCUUAAUAACCAGACUUUCUGGCUGAGGAACGUGGAUGGUGUACUUGAGAAACCCGACCCGGAUACUGCCCCUGACCAUUACUACCAAAUGCAUAUGUGAAAGCAUUCGGUGCUCAUCGAUUUUUAUAUAUGGCUGACUAAUUCAGAAGGGUACUAGCUAGCUAGCUUAAUUGCAUGCAAUUAAUGAAUAAUAUGGGGACUUGGUCUGAAGCCACCCUUGAAUAAAAUAUUUAUAGCACUAUAAUAAGCUUUGCAUAUAUAAUUUUAGAUGCAUUUGCAUGUUGUUGUAAUCAUUUGCUGCAAGGUCUUAUGUUUUCAGAAGUAUUCCUAUAUCAGUUAAUGGGAGUUUUGUACGUGCCGGGUACUUAUGCAUGUAUUAAGUAGGUUUGAUAGACUGUCACCGUGUACCGGUAGACUAGAUUGACUGAAUCGUCUGAUCUUGAACUAGUCUGCGAUCACAGAAAAUAGAAAGCUGAUUUUGAUGUACAGAUUAUUUUACCG